CACAGCCCCCUCCCGCUUUUUCCACCCACGAGUAAAGGUGGUUUUCUUUUCUUCCUUUUUUCUUUUUCUUUUUCUUUUCCUUUUUUUUUUUUUUUAAAGCCCUCAUCCCCGUUCACUCCGUGGGCAGGACUCGCAUAAUAAUAUUUCCAGUCCCAGCAGCUCACAUCACAGACACGAACCCAGGACCGCCUCUCCUCCCCCGACCCCCCUUUUUCCUCCCCGAUCUCCCAAAUCGCGUUAUUAUUAAUUUUUAAAUGAGCGCUCCCUCCGCCCGCUGCCGCCGCUGCUCCCGCGCCCCCCGUCCGCCCCGGGCGCGCUCCCGGCCCGGCCCCGCGCUGUGCGACCCCCGCUCGGCGCGGCCCCUCUGAGCGCACGGCCGCCGCUUGCCCUCUGCGGGGCUCUCCCCUCUCUGCUCGGAGCGUUCCCCUCUCCCAGCGCUGCGAUCACUCUGUCUUUUUUUUUUUUUUUUAAAUUUUUUUUCUAAUUUUUUUUUCCUAAUUUUAUUUUUUUUAACCCUCCCGCUCUGGGACCGCUCCACGUUCCUAACCCUUUCCUAAAUUGUCGGAGAGCUCCAUUCCCCUCCUCUUCCAGCACCACCGCCGCCGCCGCCACCACCAUCACCUCCUCCUCCUCCUCCUCCCCUCUCCUCUCCUUUUUGGCAGCACCAGGACGUCCGGUGCGGCGGUGGCAGCGCGCAGCGAAAGCGGCGCGAGCGCUCCGUGUGCUUCCCCCCGUCGCGAGGUGCCGCGCAGAGCCGGGCGGAGGGCUGAGCUCUCGGCUCGCCAUGAGCGCCCAAGGCGAGGGACCCGGCCAGUCUUCCACCGCCGCCCCGGAGCAACCUGCCGCCGCCGAGCCGCAGAAGCGAGGACGAGGCAGACCCAGGAAGCAGCCCCAAGAACCAACUGGUGAACCAUCUCCUAAAAGACCAAGAGGAAGACCCAAGGGAAGCAAAAACAAGAGUCCCUCUAAAGCAGCUCAGAAGAAAGCAGAAGCCACUGGUGAAAAGCGACCCCGAGGGCGGCCCAGAAAAUGGCCUCAACAAGUGGUUCAAAAGAAGCCUGCUCAGGUCAGCUCACAGAAGAAAUGCAGCUCCAGUCCCUGAGGACCCACCAUCGACAUCCUUCUGACUACAACACAUUUCAAAACACACUGAGUUGUUCUAAUAAAAGAUAUUUCCUCUCCCUGGUCUCACUUACAUCCUUCAACUGCAAGGGCCGCAGUCACGCUGUUCCUCGGACAGCCUGGUAGUAAAUCUGCUGGUGGGCACGGAGCCAGCCAUCUCCUCCAUGGCACUGGGGAGGCAGGAUGCUCAGACUGUGCUGUGCAAGGGAGGCCAAAUCCAGGAGGCAGAGAUGGAGGCUGCCUGAAUGGUAAUGGAGUGCGAGCCCUGGCACAGGAAGGGAAGGAGUGCCUGGGACCAAGGCUGAGCUGGGGUGCUGGAGGAUGAAGCGGUGCUCUGGACUCCCAUAUUCCUGUAGGAUAACAAAGUAAUGGCAGCUUUAGUGAUAUAGGAGUUUGAAUUGAAGCACUGAGAUUCCUGGGAUGGAUCUUCCCAUCCCUCUUUUCCCAAAGCAGUGGCUGUGGUGGUCGUGCCAGGGGUGUUUCAGCCAGCCAGCUGCAGCCACUGCUGCAUCUCCCUUGUCAGAGAGUGAGAGCGAGAGAAGGAGCCCUUUGGCAUCCCCACUAGUCAUGGAAACGUUUGCAUAGAGAACUAGGAGGCACGAAAGAAUGCGUGAAAGGAGUGAGAGGGCUUUUUAGCAAUCCCCACUCACCACAACAGGACUAGUGGAAUUACUGUCUUUAAAUUAUUUGUGUGCCAUGUCUUCACUGAAAGAACAUUUCUUUUUUUUUAAUCCUUGGCCUGAGGGAUUUUCAGUGAAAUCACUCACUAGGCCCUGCUCCCACACUCCUGCUUCCACAGCACUGGGGUUUUGCUGGCUGUGGGUAUAUGGUGGGGAACAGACUGAUGGCUGAGAGCAAGCACUUCUGACAGCAUCAUCCUGAUUCUGGGAGAAGGAGGUAAAGUGGUGUAAUCCCUGGGACAGUCAGGAACUUCACGCUGCUGGGCUGCACUGCAGUCCUGUAGCUUUUCUCCAUUCCCUUUUACACUACUGAUUUUCCCUUUAAAGGAGGGAGGCUCAGUCUCAGAAUUAACAACACGAACAUGAGCUCAUGCAGGCUUCCUAAUCUGCGCUGUCUAAGGAAAUAAUGAUAAAUUAUAUAAACAUGGGGACUACAUGGAAGUUCAUGGAGGAUAAUGUAAAUCUUACUCUACGUACAGAGGAAUCUCUUCCUUUUCCAUCUGUUUCCUUCAAAAUAUCCUCCCAGAUGGCUUUACCAUGUGGCAGUCUGGAUUAAGUUAGAAAUGUAUCCUUUCUUCAUCAGUGGGGACUGAAGUGGCUGCGGUCGGGAACUGCUGUGUGAUGGUGAGCGUGUACCCCGGCCUGCCGCAGUAGGAGCAGCAGAAGCUUUAUCCCUGAGUGCAGCACUUCAAACUUUUUGACCUUUUCUAAAAGACUUCUGCGAGUGCUAGCUUACGUCGCUGUUGCUGUCAUUCCUGCUCCUACUGCAUGUGCCUCUUGGUUUUGUUAUUUUUAAAAAUAUAGGGGCCGCAGAACCGGGUCACGUUCUCCUUCCAUUGAUGAGAGUUUCCUUCCCAUCACCUUUCCCCGGGUUUUAAGCGCUGCACAGGACUCCGACAUGCUCUUAAUUUCUUUAUCAGUAUCUGCUGCUAGCUUAGGCCCGUACAGAUGCCUUUAUAAACUUGGGCAGUAUUUUCAAACAUCCCCAGAGCUCUGAAGAGCGACAGUCAUGCAGACUGCAAAUACAACUGUAAAUUCAGCUGGAAAGCUUUAAAUAAUGUAGGCUGUACACACCUCUGUGAUGUUCGCUGGCGCAUACUCUCCCACUUCCUUGGGGAAAUGAAGAAAAGAUAGUGAGCCUGACUGCAUGCCAUCAGGAAGUUUAGCACCUUCACAUAAAUAUGUGCCUAAACCUCAAAAACAAGAAACUCUCUUUAAAUCCACCGUUUGCAAAGAAUGGGCAGCCAAACUUAGUACAGAUGAUGAAGUAAUAUUACCGAGGUGUUCAAAGAAACAGCCCAAACACAGAUUUCUCCCUUCCCUUGUUUUUAAGCUAGUUGUAGCAGCUGUGGCCUCUGCCAUAUUGGAGAGUUACGCUCUUAAGUAAUGCAAAGGAAAUAGAUAUUUUUAGGAAAACAUCAUGAAAGCUAUCAAAGUUUUCUGAAAACAGGACAUGUCUUAUUUUUAUCGUUACCGGGGAGGAGAAACGCAGUGAGUGUGGAACAGCCCUUUGAAAAUCCUUUUAUAAUCUCUUCAGGAGGUCUGUUGAAAUCUGAAAUCCGUGCAGUUCCUUGAGGUUGUGUCAGAGUCUGACAGGCAGCAUUAGCACUCCAAGCCCAAGUGUACUUUUCUGUCUUAUACUAAGUGCAUUAGUUGCUCUUAAAAGAAAACAAACAAAUCCUAACAAGAAUAAGAGCUAAAAACAUUGUUUUGUAUAGGAAAGCAAAUGCACAUUCAUUGUGUUUAUUCAUCUUACUCAGUUCUUAGUCUUGAUAGCAAUUAAGUUACGCAUGUUAAUUGGUCAUAAUAUAUAUACACCUCACAACUUCAAGUUAUAUGUGUCCCACAGCUGCACCCAUCACAUAUGCACUCAAUGUAGAACAAACAGUAAAUCCUACAAGUGUCAGACAGGCUCUGCAGCCCAGGAGCUGCACUGAUGAUUCACAUAUUCAUAUGCAGCCCAGAAACAUCAGAUCUCAGAAGUGCAGCUGAGAACAGGAGACACAAUGCUUGUGGAGCAGCUCUGACAUGCUGGGAUGCCCUGGCUGGUGCCUGCUGUACCCACGUACUGCAUCACCUCUUUGUGCCCCGCAGCGCAUCUGCACUUCCACAAGACUCUGUGUACCUGCUAUAUGUCACAUGGGAUUUUUUCCCCCUUUAGGAAAACUCAGAGAGAAAUGUGGUAGAAGGACUCAAAAGGUCCAAUCCAGCAAGGACUCAGGGUUCAAAGAAACUACUGGUGUCAGAAAAAGGCUGGCAGAUCACUCACUGCCACCACACAGGUGAGCUCGGAUCUCUGAGGGAACACAUGGCACUGCUCAAGCCCAACCUACGUCCUGCCCACUGGGGAGCAGUGCAGCUUUGCUCAUUGUAGCUGUGGCUCUGGAAACACCUUUGCCCUAGAGGAUGACCUGGUACCCUGGGUUUUCGUCACUCUUCCCACUUCAUCCAGCAAGUUGUAUUGUGUGUGCUAUACUUUUUCUGUGUUUACUGAUACAGAGAACUGGGACUUUGUCAGUUUCCAGAGGGAGAAAACUUUAUUUUCUGUACGUACGUGGAAUUUUACACUUCCAACAUAGGGUGCGUGUGUGUUUUUCACACUACUCCCAAAUAUCCUCUGAACUAUUGAGCUGCCGUUCUUUUAUCACUGUCAUUUUUAAAGCAAACACGAAAUGUUUUCCCAAAGAUGGCUGUAGGAACCACCUUACAUGUGCUGAAGGCCCUCAGCACCAUGGGUGCGCAUGCCAGCCAUGUGGGUAUUACAACUCGGUGAGGUCGGACUCACUGCACCUCCUCACGUGUGGCAUGGUCCCAAUGGGGCUGCACAAAGCAUUCCCAGCAGGACCAAGCCCUGGGCCCACAGUGGGGCCCCCACAUCAGUGCUCUCCUCCCACCACCUGACAGGGCACAGUGCCUUUUGGAUUUUUGCAUAAAUAGCUUCAUGAUGAGAUAACCUGUUUGUAUUGACCCUUUUCCCAUAGGUGUCCCUGGAAGGUUCGUUUUUCCAAAGCUUCGCAUUAUUAUCAUCGCUGACGUUUUUUAAAUCAAUGUAUGGUUUAAUUUUCAUUUUUUAAGUUUUUGCUUUGGAAAAACCUUCCAGAUUUGGCUCCUGAGUGUUCUUGAAACAUUUUUUUCUCAUUUGAAGAGAUUGUUUUAAGAAAUGGAUAAAAAUACCUCAUGAAGAAUGGCUCCAGUUUGAAAAGUUGUUACCAGCUCUUCCUUUUCUAGCAACCUGUUCGGAUUGCUGGCAAAAGAAAAAUACAAAAUAAAGAAAUAAUUAAGAAUAAUACCACAUUUGUGGACUGGAGCUAGAAUCACAAAGAAGUUAGGUCACCUUACUGAAAGAAGAAGCUUACAAUUCUCCUCAGAGUGGUUUUGAUUUUAAGGGGAUCAGGAGAGUCUCUUACUUUCCACAUGGUUGCAGUAGAUGGAGUCUCAUGGAGGGUGCCAGGCCUUAAGUCUGACUUUCUUUCUCCUUCCAGGAUAGAAUGGUGGCAACUGCAUGGUGUGGUUUCCAGAGAAAGAAACUGUUGGUUUAUGGUGAUGGGGACUCUGAACGAUUUGUCUCAAAUGAAAUAAUAAUAAAAAAAGUAGAUUUAAAAAGAGCACAAGUUUGUGAAACAAACACAGAAAUAUGUGGGGAAAAAUGAAGCAGUUCACUAUCCAGUUCAAUGAACAGAUGAAGUACUAAAGAAUGAGGGUUAGAAGAGGAAGUUGGGUACUUCUGAUAGCAAAAAGAUUGUUUUUAUAUGACAUAACUUCUGAAUAGAGCCUGAAUAGUAUGAUGCAAUGAGAUUUCACCUAAAUACCCAAAUCAAUGUAUAAUUCGGAUUUCUGACGUUUAACUGUUUGUGGUUUUCAUUUAUUACAUAACCAUGACUGAGUAACAUUUCUGAGACUGCUGCUUCCUGAAAUUUGAUUUUACAUAAAUUAAAGAAGCUGAAAAAUGAUGUAAUCAGAAGAAAGCAAAGAAAGAAAAAAUGAUCUUCAGUACACGUGUAUAUUCAGGUAUUUGGUAAUUCCAAAGAAUCAAGAAACAAUAAUGCAGUGAUCUGAAGGCGUAUGUUGCUGCUCUAUAAGAUGACCUUUUUUACGUUUUUAUAGUUUCUUUUAUUGAUGGUGGCCUCUCAGUGCCAGGCUGGCAAGCACUGCCAGCAGUUACAAUUCCAUGCACUAAAUAGUGCAGCCAUGGGGUCAUCCAUUGCACAUCAGUGUUAUGAAAAGCUCUUUUAUAGAAAUUGAUUUUGCUUACAGCUCAUUCAAAUAUUUUCUUCAGUUGAGCUUCCUUCUACCAGUAACAAAAACAUAAAAUGAGCUCACUUGGCGUUUCCAAAAGGAGCGGACAGAUGUUUUACAAAGGUAGUUAAACGUUUAAGUGUGCACCAUAAACUGCUGCUUCACUUAACAGCACAUCUUUAGAUACUCAAAUAACCUUUGUAAUCCAGCCCUUAAUCUUUUUGGUCCAAAUGUACCAAGAGAUACACAGGCAGCCCUGUUCCCCCACAGGCAGAAUUUGGGAAUCUGGCUGAGAAAAGCAGCAAAUCCCCAGACUGCUACUUGCCCAGUCUCUCUCUUGGGGCCAGUAGACAGCUUCCGUUCAGGGUCAAGGUACACCCAGCAGCUGUGCCUGCAAAUUUUGCAGGGGAGGAGGAGUAGUCUGCUUCUUGCAGCACCACGGUGGCUGCAGAAAUCACCCUGGAAGUAGGUUCCCUGGAGAGCAACCCAGUGCAUCUCACUCAAGGAGGCUUUCAGGCUGUGCACAUGGUGCCAAGAGAGAAGCAUUAUCCAUGCCACUCGCCCAGCUUUGGGCUGUGGUGUAGUCAGUGAUUCAGAGGUGAAAGAGCCUCUGAACAAACAUACAGGAGGAAAACAGUUUGGUUAUGUCCCAGCUUCACAAAGCACCUACCUCAGUGCUGAGUUCUGCAUCAUCUUGCUUGGCGUGCCCAUGGUCUGAAAGCAAGCUGAAGUGCUUGUCCCCUUACAGUGACUAAGGAACAGAGGUGUCCUUGUCAGCUGUGGUGGAAGAACCUCCUUUGCCCUUUGUAUUUAUCAAUGCUGAACACUUGGAUCAUGCAAGUCCCUUUUUAAGGAAGUCUCAGCAUGACUUGAACAUCAUCUGCUGAAACUGAGAUGUUGAUGCUCCCAUCUUACAUAAGGGACUUAUGAGCAUGCAGACAGUCGUGUUUUGAUGUAACUAAGAAGGAAUCAGAUCUCCAAAGAUAUUUUUGCUUCCUGUCUUGUUAGGAAUCAGCUGUGGGAUUCAGAGCCAGGCGUGCUGUAACGUGCAGCUUGGAGAUGCCCUGGCUUUGUCAGUCAUUUCUGAGUCAUUUGAAGAGCAAGAGUGUCACUGCAUCGCCCAGCCUGAGAGGAGUCUUCCACUCUGAGCAGUCACGAAAAGAUUAUGUUAACUGUUUAAACAUGGAACACAUAAUUUCCUUGACACGAGCCCUAGCACAGGAAGCAGCCAUCUGAAUGCAGCGCUGGUCACACAUUAGCCAAUUCGAUACAGACAUGCUAUCAGGUUGCUGCUCUUUCCCAAGGUACGAGGCAAGGCCUGCUCCUAAAAUUCUCCAUGCUGAGCACACAGAAAUGCCCAGAAACUCCAACUGUUGGGGAGCUCCACACAUGGCACUCAGAGCAGGUGUUGCAGUUGAGUACUUGGGAGCCAGAGGGGUAAGCUACAACUUUCCCAUAAGCGAGCAGUACUCCUUGUGAUUUCUCCAUCUCCUACUUCUCUCCUCUUCCUGCUUGGGGAAGAAGCCCACCACGGGCAGGGGAUGGCUGUGAGCAGGGAGGCCUUGUGUUUGACCCCGUGGCUGUGACCACAGAUGUCAAGUGUGGUCAGUGACCACACUGAGUUCAAAACUUGGCUCUGACUUGACAUGAACAGAAAUCUCACUAGUAGCCAGAAGAGACAGGGCUGUGAUGUGUGCCUGGGAAACACCUCUGAGAAGGAUGGCUGGGCUGGGAGCACUGUUUACAAAACACCAGUCAAGAGCAAAUUAAACAGUGCUACUUUUACGUACAUAUACUAUGCAUUUUGGCCAAGGUUUCCAAGAGUAACAAGAGCCUGUACAGCUCAUACUUGGGGUAUCCAGCUUCAUGAGCGUACAGGAUUCUAGGAAGUAUGGGCCACCCCCUGAAAAUUUGGAUUAUUUUAGGAUGCUUCCAGAAUGAUAUCCAGAAGGUUGAAACUAUCAGAAUGAUCAGCUGUUGGACUUCUAGCAACAGAAAUAAUCAAAGUGCUAAUUAGCAAAGAUAAGGUGUGUCAGAAGGCUGUGCAGAGAGAAAGCACUCUUUUCACUGAGGGCUUGGUUACUGAGGCUCUCGUGAAGGCUCUGUGUCUUUCACAAUCAGCAUCAUUGUUCCUCCACACCCAGCUGAAGUCACUGAAAGAUGCCCUAUUUCUUGGCAUAAAUUUUAAGUGUCCCAGGGCUAUAAUCCAGCUCUCUCGCUCCACUGAAAAACAUGGGACACGGGCCUUAUGUAACUAAGAUUGGCUUCAGGGUUAUAUGAGACAAUCUUAACAUACUACAAUCCACUUUUAGGAAUUGAUGCACCUUUGCUUUGCCUGUUCAGGACCCUAUCAGUUUUGUUUCAAAUUGCAUGUUAUGAGUGAAGCAUGCUGUAAUGGAGGUAAAAUUAGAGAAGCACAAUGAGGUUUGAAGUUAAGACCAAAGAAAACACAUUUGUCAUCUGUUAAAUAAUUUGCUAGAAUAGUCAUUUACAGUAUGUGCAUACCAGCAGUAUUAAAAAAGAUUUGGCUAGGGAAAACAGCAGUAUACUCAGCCCUUAUUAACUGAUAUACAUCUUUAAAUGCGUUCUGGAAGGAAACAUUAAGAAGCCAGUAUUUUACUUUAUUCUAGAGUUUCCAUGGCAAUGGGGGAAUUUUAUAAGGUCCCCUUAUUGCCUAAAACAACAGUCUUAGAAUGGAAGAGUAAGAAGCUUUUCACAGCCACUCUGUCAGUCACUGUGGGGUAUCUGUGGAAUUCACUGAAUUUAGUUCCUUCAAAUCAGUGCUGCCAUGCUAUUCUGGAGGGAGAUGCAGCCUCCCUGGGCAGCCUGUCAGCACAUGACACCUGUGCCAAAUGUUAGGGCUGGCAUGGAGCAGUGGGACUUACGAGCUUGUCUCCUCCCAUGUGGCUCAUAGAGGAGAACUCAGGCAAAGGAUUCAUUAAAAUCAGUGCAAAAUGAAAUCAAACACUUCUGCCGGUGGAAUUUCCAUCUUGUGCUCUUUUUCUGCUACCCCUUUGUGCUGUGACGUUGUGAAGCAACCCAGCCAGUGAGUGCUGGCUGUAACAGGCAGGCUGCUGUCUGGAAAGGAGCUGUGAACUCACUGUUGUUGAUUGCUGAUCUGAUUUUGUUAGCAUGGUGCUGCUGUACUUAUGGACGGAAUAAAAAGUCAGGAAGCUUCUUAGUAGGCUAUGCAGUGACACACGCUCCUAAGGACUUCAUGGUGAAGGCUGCAGGAGUGUGUAGGCAUUGUUCAGACACUGACAUAUUGCAAAGCAGUGCACAGAGGACCCACCCUAUGUCUUUGGGCUGUCCAGUGUCUGUAAGCAGUGCAGUUUCCUGUGUAUAGGACCUAAAUAAGCAAAUACGCUUUUCUCACAGAGACUGGAAAAAAGCCAUCCAAAAUGACUGCUCAUCUCUUGGGUAUUUUAGCACUCACAUCACCAUAGCAAUCUAUCUCAUGGAUCCUGUUUCACUGGGAUCCCAGUGCCACAAAUGUUAAACUCUUGAUGAAGUCCGCUCCUCCAGAUGGUGAGCAUCACUGUGAUGAAGUUCUGCUGCUGAUCCCAUUGGAUGGCAUUUCUGGAAAUGCCAGAAUGUUUUCAAAAUAAUGUUGGCCAAAAUCUCUCUUUAGGAAUGACUGUUUGUUAUAUUAAAAAGGGAUAUGAUACUGCCAGUGUA